GGCGGUUCUUACGAACUUCCGCAGCGAACCAGUCUCCUCCUCCUCCACCACCCUCUCAAUUUCCGCCAUUAUUGAUUCACUUUUUCCUAAACUCUACCUUUAUAUCCAUUGAUGCAGUAAACAAUCCAUCUACAGAAAAUGGGAAUAUGUUUCUCAAGAAAAUCAACAAGAUCAACGAGAAUCUACUCAAAACGCAUAUCAAAUCAAUCAUCCACUACAUCAAUCAACAAAAAUUCUCUUAAUCGAUGGUCUCGCGUUCGAUCUUCUUCAGUUAAGAAGGAAAAGUUUGACGACGCUCUUCUUCACGAACAAGCCAUUGCUGCCGCUCUCCUCUUCCAGCAACACCAGCAGCAAAACGGAGCUUUUGAUCGAUCAAUUUCUCUCCGGCAUCCUUCCGGUGGCGCAAAUUCCAAAUGCCAUCAGGGUAUUCCUCGUAGUUCUAGUACUAGGCGUCGCUCGCUUGCUGAUCCUAUGCUUCCACUUCAACAGCUCAUUAAUCAGGAGGUAAACCAUGAAGAACUGGAGACAAGCCAUAUUGUUCUUGUUCAUGGAGGUGGUUUUGGAGCCUGGUGUUGGUAUAAAACUAUGGCACUUUUACAAGAAUGCAAAUUCAAAGUGACUACAAUCGAUUCAAGUGGUUGUGGGAUUGAUUUGUUUGAUGCAAAUGAUAUCAAAAGUCUCUCACAAUAUGUGAAGCCACUAACGGAUUUUCUUGAAAAGCUUGAAGAUGGAGAAAAGGUGAUUUUGGCUGGACAUGACUUUGGUGGUGCAUGUAUAUCAUAUGCAAUGGAGUUAUUUCCAAAUAAAGUUGCAAAAGCUAUCUUCAUUGCUGCCUCAAUGUUGAAAACUGGACAAAGCACUCUUGAUAUGUUCUCUCACAAGGAAAAUACAAACGAUCUAAUGAGGCAAGCUCAAAAAUUUCUAUAUGCAAAUGGGAACAAUCAACCUCCAACUGCUAUAGAUCUUGACAAAUCGCUUUUGAAGGACCUUUUAUUCAACCAAAGUACCACAAAGGACGUAGCAUUAGCAUCGGUCUCAAUGAGGCCAAUUCCAUUUGCACCCGUUCUUGAGAAGCUUUCUCUUUCGGACUCAAAUUAUGGAUCCGUGAGACGAUUUUAUAUACAAACUCUUGAAGAUAACGCGAUACCAAUUAGUCUCCAACAAAUAAUGAUAAAUGAAAGUCCACCCGAAAAAGUUUUUCGUUUAAAAGGUUCUGAUCAUUGCCCAUUUUUCUCCAAGCCUCAAGCCUUACAUAAGUUGUUGGUUGAAAUCGCAAAAAUCAAAUAAAAAUUUAUAAAAACUUGAUAUUAUUUGGACAACCCGACAAGUUUUAGUUAAAUUUUGUUUGAGAGAGAGG